GCCCACUUGACGGGACGAUGCCGCAUGUGCCCUAACCCCUGCAGCUAGCUAGCCUCUCACUUCUAAGAAGGGGUAUAUGCCCCUUCCAAGGUGUUGUUUAUGAUAUGCACAAGUAGAGGCGAUGGGCGGCAAAUAAAGAUGUGAGCCCUGGCCUCCUAUAUAAGCCUGCCAGAUGCCCUCGCUUGACCACGCCAUUGCAGAAGCAGAUCCAGCAGUAGUGGCGCAGCAGAGCCUUCAAGCUCACAGCUCCGAUCUCCUGCAGCAUCUGUUAGCUCGGCCAGGAUGAACAAGCCAUGGAGCCAGGGGAAGCGCAGGGGAGGAGGACUCAGCAGGGUGCUGAGGGAGCAGAAGGCCAGGCUCUACAUCAUCCGGCGAUGCGUCGUCAUGCUCCUCUGCUACCAUGACUGAUCUGCUCCGGUGUUUGCUGCUCUUCUUCCUAGCCGUUGACUGAAUCUAGGUGGUGGUGUUGCUUUGAUCUUUCAGUUUCUGGAUCUUUAGGAACUAGGAUUGACGAUUCUUUGGUGUACAUAGGGUAGUUCUCAGCUGGUAGCUACUGACGAUCUCCAUCCUUAACGUCUCUUGUGCUGUGUUAGUGGUUGUUGCUCCUAAGUCCUACCAUGGCAAGGAUGUGCUGCUAGGUGUUAUCGUGUGUAUUUUUUCUAUAUAGAAGUGCAAGAUCAGAAAAAAGAAAAGUUGUCUUUUGGUAUCUACCUUUUUGUCUUGCGUUCAGAGUCACUUUUAAAACAGCUGUUCCAGCAAUCUUGAAUUUGUAGCCA